CUCAGAAAAAAAGCUACUAUGGCAACUCUGGCGCUUUAGCCUUGAGAAGGAAACAAGCAGACAGAGGUGUGGUUUUUCUUAUAGAAGACUAUUCAGUUGUUUCAUGAUGGCAUUUGCACCUCCAAAAAGCAUAGAUGGUCCCAAAAUGCAGACAAAGAUGAGUACCUGGACACCUCUAAACCAUCAGCUUUUGAAUGACCAGGUAUUUGAAGAAAGAAGAGCUCUGCUUGAAAAAUGGUUUGACAAAUGGACAGACUCUCAAAGGAAAAGAAUCCUGGCAGGCCUGUUAGAACGCUGCUCCCUGUCACAGCAAAAGUUCUGCUGUCAAAAGCUUCAGGAAAAAAUUCCCGCAGAAGCUCUGGAUUUUACCACCAAGCUCCCAAGGGUGUUAUCUUUAUACAUCUUUUCUUUCUUGGACCCCCGAAGCCUUUGCCGGUGUGCACAGGUGAGCUGGCACUGGAAGAACUUGACUGAACUGGAUCAACUCUGGAUGCUCAAGUGCUUACGAUUUAACUGGUGCAUCAAGUUCUCUCCAACCCCCUUUGAGCAAGGUGUGUGGAAGAAACACUAUAUUCAAAUGGUGAAAGAACUUCAUGUUACCAAGCCAAAGACACCUCCAAAAAAUGGUUUUGUGAUUGCUGAUGUUCAACCAGUUACAAACAAUUCCCCUUCACUGGAUUUCCGGUCCUCCUCCUCUUUAAGAAAGAAGAAUCACCCAGCAGAGAAAGAACUCCCACCCUGGCGAUCAUCUGACAAGCACCCAACAGAUAUCAUUCGCUUCAAUUACCUGGACAACUGUUACCCUAUUGACCAAAUCUGGCAAGGGAGAAGGAAAAGACAUGAAAUGGCCCCAGAUUUCAGCAGACAGUCACAUAAAAAAAAUAAGGCGCAAGACAGAUCUAAACUAAGAAAGGCACAGUCAUUGAUGUCCCUAAGUACAGAGCCCAGAUCCCUUCUGAAAGCUCCAAUUCAACUUGCCUGGCUUCCUCCUCAGUCAUCACAGCUCCCUGCCACUGAAACAACAACAAAAAUUCUCCUUCAGCAUCUUCAGAGACACUCUGGGCUUCCAGCAUCACCCACCCAGGCUCCAGAGUUGUAGCUGAUUUAAAAACAUGACAGGAUGCUUACAGGUUGGAGAGUUGUAUGUUCUUGACCCCAUCAUUAGACACUUUCAGCGCAAUGAGCUUAUUGUGACAGUAAUCUCUACAGUCUUUCAGUGAAGGGUAUACAUGAGAGCAUUGGGAGGUAGCUCAGUGGGUAGAGUCUAUGCACCUAUGUGUAAAGCCCAUGUCACAUGGUUGCACUGUGGACAUGGAGGAUGGAAUGGUACUUUGGUGUCUCUCCUGUGUUUUUCUGUCUGUCUCCCCUUGCACUUACUCUAAAAAUAUAGAAUAGGGCAGAGAAGACAGUAUAAUGAUUAUGCAAAAGACUUUUAUGCCUAAUGCUUUGAGAUCGAAGGUUCAAUCCCCAGCACCAGCAGAAACCAGAGCUGAGCAGUGCUCUGGUAUCUCUCAGUCUGUCAUUAAAAUUGAUAAUGAUAGGGGGCCAGGUGGUUUGCACCAGGCUAAGUGCACAUACUGUGAAGUGCAGACCAGCAGAAGAAUUCUGGUUCCAGCCCCCAACUCCCCAAUUGCAGGGGGGUUGCUUCGAAAGUGGUGAAGCAGUCUGCAGAUGUAUAUAUUUUUCUCCUCCUUUCUAUCUUCCCCUUCUUUCUCGAUUUCUCUCUGUCCUAUCCAACAAUAACAGCAGCAGCAGCCAAUAACAAUGGGGAAAAAAAGAUUUGUAGUGCAGGCACUGAGCCCCAGCGAUAACCCUGGAGGCAAAAAAAAAAAAUUGCUGCUGCUAAGAUCCCCUAUACCUACACUUUUUCAUAAAAAUGAUAGAGAAUUUUUUAAAUACUGGCUCAAGGAGUUUGCUUAGCACUACUAAACAUGUGUGUGGCCCUUAAUUCAUUCCUCAGCAUUACACUAAAAAAAGAGGGGUAUUACAAAGUGGGGGGGGACAGCAAGAUAGCUCACCUGGAUAGUGUAUCUACUUUGUCAUGUGCACAUGACCCAGGUUCUGCAUUGGAGGAAACUUCAGUGCUGUGGUGUCUUUCCUUCUCUCCUGUUGUCAGUCUUCCUUACAAGUCAAUUCAGAGUAGUGAAAAUCCAGCAACGAAGAUGAUAAACAGUAGUGAUGGCAUAAAUGUAGGUUUAUUUAUAAAUUUAGGUAGAACAGGGUGAUAGAUCCCAUAGGGUUGAUGAAGGGACGUAGGAUAGCACAUCUGUGGUACCUGGGAAUGAGGCAGGGCUCUAGGAGGAUACAGGCAGCACACUCCCAGGCUGCUUGAACCGUUUAAUGAUGGGACCAUUUCUUGUGGUGUCUUAGCUUGUGAGGAUAGCCAUAGCAAAGUCUUACUUCCUGUGAAGCCCCAUAACAACAAUACUAUAAGCUGGAUGGCAUAUGAAUGACAGAAAUGCUUUUCUCAGGGGUCUGGUGGUAGCGCAGUGGUUAAGCACUCAUGGUGUGAAGCACAAGGACCAGAGUAAGGAUCCCAGUUGGAGCCCCCCCCAUCCCUAUGCAGGGGGUCGAUUCACAAUCGGUGAAACAGGUCUGCAGGUGUUUGUCUUUCUCUCCCCCAUCUGUUUUCUCUUCCUCUCUCCAUUUCUCUCUGUUCUAUCCAACAACAAUGACAUCAAUAACAAUAAUAAUAACCACAACAAUGAAAAAAAACCAAAAAAGGGAAAAAAUAACCUCCAGGAGCAGUGGAUUCAUGGUGCAGGCAAUAACCCUAGAGGCAAAAAAAUAAAAUAAAAAUGAAAAAAGAGAAAGAAAUGCAUUUCUCAUGGUUUUGGAAGCUGGAAGUCUGAGAGCAGGGUGUCAGUAGGGUGGGCCCUUGCUGAAGUCGCUUUCCUUGACUUGUAGAUGUCACCUUCUCCCUGUGGUUUUCCCUACUUCCUCAUUUCUUCUUUCCUCUAUUUAAUUUCUGUUCAGUUAACAGUGGCUUAAAAGACUGAUUCCCCCCCCCCCCCCAGAGCACUGUUCAGCUUUGGCUUAUAACGGUACUGGUGGGAAUUUUACCUAGGACUUUGGAGCCUCAGACAUGGAAGUCUUUUAUUUCUUUCUUUAUUGGAUAGAGACAGAAAGAAAUCGAAAGAGAAGGGGAAAGAUAGAGAGGGAUAAGCAGUGACACCUGUAGCACCACUUCACCACUUGUAAAGUUUCCCCCUGCAGGUGGGGACCCAGCUUUGAACUGAGGUCCUUACACAUUGUAAUGUGUGUGCUUAACUACGUGCACCACCACCGGCCCCUGCAUGAAAGUCUUUUGCAUAGCCUUAUGCCAUCCCCACUGUUCCUGGUAGCCAUUUUUUGUUGUCAUUAUUAAAUUUGCCCCUUUUACCAGUUUAAUAAAAUACUUCUAAGGAAAAUGAUGACUUAAUGCAGAAAAAUAAUGGCAUUGUUACUUCUCAGAACUUCAGAAAGGAUGACUACCAAUGUAGUUCCCUGAUUUAAACUUAAUUGUCUUAAAACAAGUUAUUUUGUAACUCAAAUACCUAUACUGUUUCUGAAAAAUUCAAGGUAGAGAGUUAAAAUACACAGUUAGGAACUUAAUCAGUACAACUAAGAAAGAUCACUUGUAGUUUUUUUUCUUUCCAGAAAACCUUUUUUUUUUUUCCCACACAUUGUACA